AUGGCAGAUGCCUUGGGAGCAGAUGUCUCGAUACGAAGAGAGUAUAUUUUAGAUCCCGUUCUAGCAUCAAAAUGGGGUCAUCCCAAGAACAAGGAUUACAAAGUCGCUGAAAUCCUAGUACGAAUACGUCCCAAUGACGAUGACACACAACGAUUUACGGACCUACGCAUUGUGCUGGUGGGUGGAUUAGGUGCGGGUAAAUCCACGUUGUUGGGUCAUAUAUCUCACGGAGCUAAAGACAAUGGACGAGGCCGUGCACGAUUAAAUUUACUGCGGCAUCGACAUGAAUUAGAAACUGGCAGAAGUUCAUCCAUAUCACAUGAAAUCAUCGGUUAUGACUCAGAGGGUAAAUUAAUCAACUAUGCCACCACCAAUGUCAGCACGUGGGAACAAAUAUGUGAGUCAAGUAGCAAGAUCGUGACGUUUUUGGAUACCUGUGGCUAUGCUAAAUAUCUUCGUACCACUAUCUCGGGUCUGAUGGGUUAUGCGCCUGAUUACGCUUGUUUGUUAAUUGCUGGUAACGCAGGAGGUGUCACCGAUAUGACUAAAGAACAUUUAUCCAUCGCCGUUAUGCUGGAUGUUCCCGUCUUUGUCGUCAUCACCAAAAGUGAUUUAGCCACACAAGAUCAGUUACGUCGAACCCUGGGCUCGCUUUUGGCAAUGCUGCAGUCUCCCUGGAUGAGUAAAGUACCCGUGGUAGUACAGUGCGAAAAUGAUUUGGUCACCUGCGCUUCUCAUUUUGCAAAAAGAGGCCCUGAAUUACCCAUCUUUAUGGUUUCUAACGUCACUGGUGCCAACAUGGAUCUAUUGAUCAAGUUCUUUAAUUAUCUUCCCAAACCUAUUCGAAAGAAUUAUGAUGAAUUGUUGGAGGAGCCUGUGGAAUUUCAAAUCGAGGAAGUGUUUAGCCUAUCCGAUGUAGGUACGGUAGUGGGUGGUGUGUUGGGUCAAGGUCGUGUGAAUAUAAGAGAUGAUUACGAAUAUCAUCUCGGACCCAACUCCAAAGGCGAGUUUAUCAAGGUCAAGAUUGUAUCAAUUCAUCGACACCGCAUGUCCGUACACUAUGUGCAUUGUGGACAGACCGCUACAUUAGCUUUAGACGGUAUAGAUGAUCCCAACUGGAAGAUCCAUAAAGGCAUGGUGCUUUUGGGUACGCGUAAUCCUGAAUGUUAUAUUGAAUUCGAAGCGGAUCUGAUGGUAUUGUACCAUGCUACAGGUGUAAGCAAAGGUACAUGUGGUAUGGUAAAUUCGGGAUCGAUACGACAGCAUGCCAGGGUUACGUCAGUGACUUGUUCAGACAAGUUUGAUGAGUUGAAUUUUAACUUUGAUAACUUGACAAUGGAUGAUCAAGAAAAUGAAUGCGGGCAGGAUAAUGAGGAAGCGACUAUUUUAUUAUCUGGUACACGUGGAAGAUGUGUAUUUAAAUUUAUGUAUGAGCCUUGUUACUUGCGACUGGGAGCUCAGAUUUUAUUUAUGCAAGGAGGAUCUAAAUGUUUAGGCCGUGUUACUCGGUUAAUUCAUCGUGAAUAA